AUGGACCCGUUCAGGCCGAGGACCCUGCGAAGGCCCCUUCAAGGGAGGUGCGCGCGUUGGGCGAGGUGCCUGCCAGAACGCCGCCUGAAGUCCUCGAAAUGGCUCGAGCGGCUUUUGAAUCUGUUAUCGCCGCAGCGUCGCCGUCGUGUUCCGGUGUAUCCUCCGACUCCGACUAUUUCUCCAGCACCCAUGGAGGAACUGGAGCCCACUGAGACCACUGUGCGCCCGCACCCGGCGGCUGCGAAGUGGAUUCUCUCGCCGGAGAUGAUCAGGUGGAGACGAAGCCGAAACGCCGCCGAAGUGCCCGCGAUCUGUCGGUGGCCAGUGGCCCACCCGAACACCUUGCGCCGCCCAUAG